UCUUUCCUCUAGUCUCCGCCUCUCUUCUUCCCCACCUUUUCUCUUCUCCCAUCUCCUUUUCUCCUUUCUUUCUAUCUUCUCUUCCCUCAUUAGUUCGUGUCUUCUUUCCCACUCCUUUAGAUUUCCCCUUGUCCUUCUGACCCCUUUCUUCCUCUCCUCUCUUUUCUCCUUUUUUCUUUCUCUCCUUUCUCGUUCCUUUUCGUCUCUCCCACCCUCUUCUUCUCCCUCCUACUCCUCUUUCCCCUCCUCCCCUCUCCGUUGAAUUUUUUUUUUCCCCUCCCGUUUGACAGACGAUCGCAUUGGGCCGCGGCCGCGGAGUGCGCCGCGCCAGGCUUGCGUUGGAGAUCUGACGCUGUUGUUCGUGCUCCCCCAUCCCCUCCCGCGCCCCUUCGGCUUCUCCGCAGUGCACUAGCACCGCCGCUGCUGACGGCGCCGCCUCCCUCCAGUCUCUACCAGACCGCCUGCCCAGACCAGGCCCCCAGACCCAUCACCUCCUGAUCUCCAAGCGCAGAGAGAGGUCAUGAUCCAGGGUGCCAGUGGGUGGAGAAGGAAGAACGUGGGGGGAAAGUGGAGAUAGCGAUUUCACCAGCCCUCACUAGAACCCGUGCAUAGCCUGUGCCCGGAGGCCGUCCGGGUGACCUCCAGCCUCUUUAGCUGUCCGUGGAGUGGGUCGGGACCAAGUUGCAGCCAUGGCCACCUUGCUUCGCAGCAAACUGUCCAAUGUGGCCACCUCUGUGUCCAACAAAUCUCAGGCCAAGGUGAGUGGCAUGUUCGCCAGGAUGGGCUUCCAGGCAGCCACUGAUGAGGAGGCUGUGGGUUUCGCCCAUUGCGACGAUCUGGACCUGGAGCAUCGGCAGGGACUGCAGAUGGAUAUCCUCAAAUCGGAGCCCAGCGAGGAGGGUGCCGAGCCUCCCGUCGAGGGUGACUUCCAUUACCAGAGGGAUGGCUCUGGGCCCUUGCCUCCCUCGGGUUCAAAGGAGCAGGGCAUGUGCUCUGAGUUCGGGGGUGGCCAGGACAAGCCCAAGAUCACUGCCUGGGAGGCAGGCUGGAAUGUGACCAACGCCAUCCAGGGUAUGUUUGUCCUGGGCCUACCCUAUGCUAUUCUGCAUGGAGGAUACUUAGGACUGUUUUUAAUUAUUUUCGCUGCGGUGGUAUGCUGCUACACUGGCAAAAUUCUUAUCGCAUGCCUCUACGAGGAAAAUGAAGACGGGGAGAUAGUCCGGGUGAGGGACUCCUACGUGGACAUUGCCAACGCCUGCUGCUCUCCCAGGUUCCCCAAACUGGGUGGGAGGAUAGUCAAUGUGGCUCAGAUUAUCGAGUUGGUCAUGACGUGCAUCCUCUAUGUAGUGGUUAGUGGCAAUCUGAUGUACAACAGCUUCCCCAGCUUGCCGGUCUCUCAGAAGUCCUGGUCUAUUAUCGCCACUGCGGCGCUGUUGCCCUGCGCCUUUUUGAAAAAUCUAAAGGCCGUCUCCAAAUUCAGCUUGCUCUGUACCUUGGCCCACUUCGUAAUCAACAUCCUAGUCAUCGCCUACUGCUUAUCCAGGGCCCGAGACUGGGCUUGGGAGAAGGUCAAGUUUUACAUAGAUGUGAAGAAGUUCCCCAUCUCUAUAGGCAUCAUCGUCUUUAGCUACACCUCGCAGAUCUUCCUCCCAUCCUUGGAAGGCAAUAUGCAGAAGCCCAAGGAGUUCCACUGCAUGAUGAACUGGACGCACAUCGCGGCCUGCGUGCUCAAGGGCCUCUUUGCGCUGGUGGCUUACCUGACCUGGGCGGACGAGACCAAGGAGGUCAUCACCGACAACCUGCCAUCCACCAUUCGUGCUGUGGUCAAUAUCUUCCUGGUGGCCAAGGCGCUGCUAUCCUAUCCGCUGCCGUUCUUUGCCGCUGUGGAAGUGCUGGAGAAGUCCUUCUUCCAGGAAGGCAGCCGAACCUUCCUCCCCAACUGCUAUGGGGGAGAUGGUCGACUGAAGCCCUGGGGGCUGACGCUGCGUUGUGCGCUCGUGGUGUUCACGUUGCUCAUGGCCAUCUACGUGCCGCAUUUCGCAUUGCUCAUGGGCCUCACUGGAAGCCUGACCGGGGCUGGCCUCUGCUUCUUGCUGCCCAGUCUCUUCCAUCUCAAGUUGCUCUGGCGCAAAUUACUCUGGCACCACGUCUUCUUCGACGCAGCCAUUUUCCUCAUUGGUGGCAUCUGCAGCGUUUCCGGCUUCGUGCACUCCCUGGAGGGGCUCAUCGAGGCUUACCGAACCAAUUCAGAAGACUAAACCCUAGGGCAGCAGCAGAAAGGCUGGUGGGCUGGCGGGAGUCCUCUUGGCACCCCUCCCUCUCCCCUGGACAUCUGCACCGCUCCCACCCUUCCCUUUCUGGUGGUCUCACAGGUUCCUUCGCUGCUCUCAGCCCAAAUCCUUUCUAUCCAGCCCCAUCCAAUUCCAUCCUGCCAGGUCCCCCAGGCUCCAUCUCUACAUCCUUUCCCACCCAAGUCCUUCAAGUCUAGCGAUUGGGUGACUAGGGUGAGUGGCCCCAAGACUGCCCCACCCAAUCCAGACCCCCACUCCCUGCCCUCUCCAGGCCUUACCCAGUCCAGUCCAGCUCUUUGCAUCGCUGUGCCCCUCCCUAUCCAGUUCGGUCCAUUUGAGGUAGGCAGGGUUUCCAUUGUCUAUCCUGACAAGUCUAGGCCUUUGGACUGUGUUGUCGUUGGCCAAGCUCCUAUCCCCUCUGGUCCUUCUCCCUCUCCUUUUUGUUCUUCUUCCCCUCCCCAUAUCCCCGACUUUUGAUUUAGUUUUUCCAUCUAAGCUUUACAUUUAAAUCCUUUUUUGUUUUUAGUUAUUCAGAAAGGGAAAGGAAUAAUCCCUAAUCAAAACCUUUCUUUUGUUUUAAUUUGUCUUCCUUUAUUGAUUUAAAAAUAAAGCUGGGGGUUAGGUUGGGGUAAGGUAGCAGAGAGCAGGAAACUGUGUCAAUAUUUAUGGGAGUUUCGUCCCACUAAAACCUCUUUCCUAGGAUUAGCUCUGGCACUAGCUCGCAGGGAUUCUUUAUGCAAUGGACAAGACUCAGGCUAGCCAGUCUGUGAGUCCCUUCCUUCCCCCACCCCCUGCCCGGAUCCCAGAGCAGUGUGGGUGGGUUUGUCCCAAGCACAUUUUGCACAUUGUAGGCUGUUCUAGGACAUGCAGCACAUCACUGUAUGGGCGCCCAGGGAGGGAGAAACUGGCCAGGGACUCUGGGCUUUUACUGGGGACUGGGUGGGAGGGAAAUCUCAAUCAACAAAUAUGCUCAGAAUCUUCCACUUUUCCCCAUUGCCAGCAAGCUUCCCAUUUCUGAGGACCUUUUGCCUUCAGCUGAAAACACAAGCUGGUAUUCAGUUCUUUUAUGUUUCAUUCUUUUCUUUGGGGGUAGGGAGGUGAAUAGAAACUGCAACUUGUUGGAUUUCAGGAAACAAAACCCACCCCAUUCUGUGCAACCUAUCAGAUUGUGGAUCUGUUCAAAUGUGUGUGUGUGUGUGGUGUAAUUGUGGUAAAUGAGAUGAAAAUGUAUAUCAGAAAAAAAAUCUAUCUUUAACAUAAGAUGUGGUUCAUAGUUAUAUCCACAAAUAAAGAGGAAACAAUGAUCCUGUGA